CCCCCCCCCCAUCGCGCGGCCCCGGCCCCGGCCCCGCGAUGCCGAACUUCUCCGGGACCUGGAGGAUGAAAAGCUCGGAGAACUUCGAGGAGCUCCUGAAGGCGCUGGGGGUUAACGUGAUGCUGAGGAAGAUCGCGGUGGCGGCGGCCUCCAAGCCCGCGGUGGAGAUCAGGCAGGAGGGGGAGAGCUUCUACAUCAAGACCUGGACCACGGUGCGGACCACGGAGAUCAGCUUCAGCAUCGGGCAGGAGUUCGAGGAGCAGACGGUGGACGGGCGGCCCUGCAAGAGCUUGGCCAAGUGGGCGAGUGAGAACAAAAUGGUUUGCGAGCAGCGGCUGCUCCGGGGCGAGGGGCCCCGGACGGGCUGGUCCAGGGAGCUGACCAACGACGGGGAGCUCAUCCUGACCAUGACGGCCGACGACGUCGUCUGCACCAGGGUCUACGUCCGGGAGUGAUGCCACCGCACCGGUGUCCCCAUAUCCCCCCCCCCAUGUCCCCUUCACCCCCCAUAGCCACGGGGGGUGCAUCUUCCCAUGGGGGCCCCUCA